UUAGAAAUGUGGAUUCAAGCCGUGAAGAAACUGCAGGAUAUUUCUCCAAUAUAAGCCUGCUGCUGUCAAAAUUUAUUAGUGCACAGUUUCUCUGUCUCUGUGGUUUUGCUUAUCUGCUCCAAUCAUGCAUUAAAGAGGGCAGGUAUGAGGCAUUCCCCAGCAGGAUAGGCAAGACAAAGCAGAUAAAUGGCAAAGCAGAUGCAGACCCCAAGUGUGAAUUUGGUUGGCCUAUAGCCAGUGUCUCACUAAGGUCUCAAAAUAUUUGUAUUUGUUCUUUAACACUCUAGAUAGUACACAAAUCAACACUUUAUUUCUUGAUGCAUUCAGUUAUUAGCUCCUGAGUUCUGUUUUUUGAGUCCAGCCAAUGUUGUCUCCACCUUUGUCAAUUUGGUUAUCAACUUGAAUGGUCCCAAACUUAGGAAAUUAUCCUCUGAGAACACUGUUAAUGGGGCCAUUCUAUCCAAGGUCUACUCAUAAUGAAAAAAAAUCUGCCAUGUGGAAGAGAAGCUGUCCCUAUUUCACAAAGAUGUUCAGCAGUUAGUCCAGCUACCCCACUGAGUGGGCUAAGGAUGAAGACAGAAGAGCGCAGUUAUUGGUCAGGGCUUGACAAGGGGGCUUCAGGAAUUUUAGGGGGGUGGUGGAGCAAACCUUGAAAGGGAGAGGGUGUAUUUACAAUGUUUUUGGCACAGUGUUAGAGUGGUUCGCUAACAGAGUGGGCUAGGAGGGAGUGCCAUUUAAAUAAUCAGGUAGGUGUGUUCUUAUAUGGUCUGUAAUAUGUUAGAGGAAAUUGUAAAGUUACAGUGUUUUAUGUUUUUGUACUCAUCUGCAUUAAGGCUCCUUUGUUUAACAUUUCCAUCCCUCUUUUGUGGAUUUUAUUCCAAGAGGACUUUAUACUCAAUGACUGGAUUUAUUUGCAUGUAGAUUUUUUUUACAUACAUUUUACUUGAAUUCAGUGGGUUAUCCUUAAUCAAAAUAGUGUAUUCUGUAUUUUUUUUAUUCAGUGCACAAUUGAUGUAUGAAGAAACAUAGUAGGGAGGUAUAUGAUGUUUCUUUGUUCUUAGCUUGAUUCCACACAUUCAUACUGUAUCUGUGUUGUCCACUUUGCAGUCUAUAUUCAUUUUUAUAUCUUGUAGUCUUUUACUUUAUUUUUUAACCCAAUUAAUAGAUUUUCUUGUUUUUUUAUUGUUAUGAAGAUGAACAUAUGCUUUCUUCUCCAGUUCCUGGUCAACUUACUAUUUUCAAGAUAAUGCACCAAGCUUCUGUCCUGCUGAUGGCAGGAUUCCUGCAUCUUGUUCUGGCCAAUGGGGUUGACCAACUGUCCUGGUUCUACCGCAUGCAACCCUUGGCUAUCAUGGAUCCUGAUAGCACUGGCGGAGACUGUCCAUCUGAGUGCGACUGCCCUCCAACCUUCCCCAUUGCCAUGUACUGCAAUAACCGUGGCAUGAAACAGAUGCCAUACAUCCCCUCUCGCAUGAAAUACAUCUACCUUCAGCACAACCAGAUAACUACAAUCUCAGAUGAGGCCUUUAAAAAUGGCUCCAGCCUAGUAUGGGUCAUGCUGCAUGAGAACCAGAUUGUGGAGAUAGGAAAAGGGGCCUUUGCCAGUCUGGUGAACCUGGACCGUCUGUACUUGAACGGCAACAACCUUACUGAGGUGCCAUCUAAACUUCCACACUCUUUACGUGACUUGCGCCUCAACCACAACAAAAUUGACAAGGUGUCGCCUAACGCGUUUGAAGGCAUGGAGAAUCUGACCACCUUGCUACUCAACCACAAUGUCAUCCAGGACCUGGGUAGCACUCUGAAGGGCCUGAAGUCCCUCACCUUGCUUGAUGUGAGCAGAAACCUUUUGAAGAAAGUUCCAGAUGGUCUCCCUGCCAUGUUGCACCAGCUCUAUUUGGGCUCCAACUCCAUUGAAGCCAUUCCAGAUAAUUUCUUUAACCAGUUCACCAACCUGCAGUAUGUGCGCUUAUCCCACAAUGCCCUCACAGAUAAGGGUAUUCCACCAAACACUUUCAAUGUAACUGGUCUGGUAGAGCUAGACCUCUCCUUUAACAAACUGGAAAGGAUCCCAACAGUUAGCACCAGCCUUGAGCACCUCUAUCUACAAGCCAACCAAAUUAAAGAGUUUUCCAUGGGCAGUUUCUGCAGUGUGGUGGAUGUAAUGAACUUCUCCAAGAUAAAGGUUCUGCGUCUGGAAGGUAAUGAGAUCAUGCGUAGGGAUGUCCCAUCUGACUUAGCUUUGUGCCUCCGCUUUGCCACAGACAUCGCCCUAUAACUCCACCAACAAGGCAAGAGCAGUCCCCUCUGUAACCUUUCCACCAAAUAUUCAAGCAUUUCUCACUGUUUUGAUUGUGUACCCUAUGUUUAUUGUGAAUACUGUUUAUGUUGAUCUUUCUGCUGUAACAAAUGUGUUUGUGGAGAUACAUGUGUAUGGUCGGUGCAUGUGUUUUGACCUGAUUUGUGAGUAUUUGCUUUAGUGAGUUUAUGUUAUAGCUAAGAAUUCUAUGUGAUGUUGGUUUAGUCUGCAUGAUUUGAAGUCUCAGCAAAAGAAAAGACAUGAUGAAUUAAUUUGCUUUUACAGUAUUUACAGAAUUAUCUGUUUACCACCAGAACAUGUUGUUCUUAAGAAUUUAAAGAUUUUAGCAUUUUUUUUAAAUAAUGUAUUGUAGGUAGCAUGGUAAAAGACUACAAUCUGGACAUGUU